UCCGAGUCUGUAAAGUCUAAAAGUUGGUGAGGAUGAAGACAUUGAUCCUCUCUCUGGUUUUACUGGCAUCUGUGGGUUUCUUAUACAGCGCCCCUGGUCCCGCCCUGCAUGGGUUAUCAGACGACACACUCAAACGUCUGUCUCUGGAAGGAGAGAAGCUGGUGGAUGAAGAGGUCACAAAGGCUCUGUAUGGAAUCAAACAAAUGAAGGAGAUCAUGGCCAGGAACAAGGAGAAACACACAAACCUCAUGAAGUCUCUCAGGCACAGUGGAGACAAGCAGAAGGGGGCAGCAGAGAUCGCCCAGGAGGUAGAAAAGAAACUGACGGAGGCAGAGGAGCAGUGUAAGGUGUCUUUUACGUCCUCUUGGGAGGAAUGUCGUUUUUGCCUUGAAGACACGUGUAAAAACUUUUAUACCAACACCUGUCGCCGUGGGUUCACCACCUUCACCAAUAAACUCCAAAACUUUUUCCAAAGACUGAGCUCUCACUUUGGCCCUCGUGACACUCAGGAUGAGGACGUUUUGAACCAGAGCACAGAAGACCCUGACCUGGAGGUGGUGAAAAUCGAGGACUCCUUCACCAACCUGCUCACUAAAGUGGAAACCCUGGUCAAUCGCAGCAUUGUGCUGGUCUCCCACUUCCACCAUGAGAUGGACCAGGCCCUACGCCAGGCCUUCAGCGCUGAUAGCGAAGAAGUGCCCAAGCCUUCCGGUGAACCUCUGGAUUCAGCCUUUCUGUCGGGUUUGGGCCUGGAUGAUGUUUUGGAGUCCUUCUUUGACUUUGGCACGAGUGUGCUGGAGAAGUUUGGGGCGGUGAUCACACAGGUCUUCAGUGAUUUACACGAUUCGGUGGAGGAAACGAAUGUUAAUGAAGAGAAGAAACUCUUUCCCCGGUUUCUGCAAAACAAGAGACUGUGCAGAGAUCUGCGCAGACAGUCCUCAGAGUGCUGGCAGCUGCAGAGCAAGUGUGAGCCAUGCCAGGGAGCUAUGUUUAAUGAAUGCCCAGGCGUACGGGAGUUGCAUGUGGAGCUGGAAGAAGCCUCUCAGCUGCUGGAGGUUUCCAAACAACAGUACGAGGAGGUGCUGGGCAUCGUCCAGCGUCACACCGAGGACACCAUCAGCUGGCUCGGCAACAUGGCCUCUGACUUCGGCUGGGUGACUGAGCUCGCCAACAACAACAACACUCAUGAGAGCAUCUUCAGCAUUGAUAAUGUGGUGUCAGUGACUGAAGAGGGUGAUAACAGCUCAUCAUCAGACACUAUAGUGGAGGUGAAUAUCCUGAACUCACCCACUCUCACACUGACUGUACCUGCUGACCUCACCCUACAGGAUCCUGCCUUCAUUCAAUAUGUGGCACAGGAGGCUCUGGGCAUCUACAAACAGAUGGUCAGGUGA